AUGUCCGACGAAUUAAAACCCGCGUCCGGCGACCUGGCCGGUUUGCCCAACGGCCUCGUAAGCCAUGGUGACUACAAGACACGGCGCGUCUACGAAGCAGCUCGAUCUCUGCAUUCCGGUGCUGUGAAGGAUCUGCUAUCUCUCGGGGUCUGCGAGAGAUGUGUUUUCCGAUUGGUAGCCGUCGAGGCUUUUGAUUCCGAUUUCUCGUCAGUCACGACCUCAACUCUACGGAGCUGGCUAGAAACCUGUGAUGAUCAAACUGUUUCAUCGGAGUCUAGCUGCUCCAGAGUCUGCAUUGUUUGUUUAGGUGUAUUGCAGUUCGUUUUCUCUGAUGCCAAACAAACGCUUGUGAAAUCGGAUUCUAGUAGUGAUUACGCUUCAAGGAUAACGGAAUUGGUGAAUCAGGACGGUCAUGAAUUCGAUAGCUUUGGUCUCGAAGUCUCUGUGCCAUCGACUAUCACUGAUAAUGAACGUGCAGUCUUGUCAUACCUAAAAGCAAAGUAUAGCACCGAAGCUUGGCUACAGAGCGAGAAAACUUCUGUGAAGGAUGCCUUGAAAGCUUUAGUCUUGGAUCCACUUAAAGCAUCGUUGGGCGCGAAGUCAGAUUCAAGCUCUUUUCAUAUCCGUCUGACUUACUCUAAGGCAUCAGGUGAGGCUCAAGGUGCGUCUGAAACAACGCAUGAAAGAAAGAAGAGGAAGACAGAGGCGGAGAAUGAAUCAAACUGUAUUUCCGAGAAUUCACUUGAAAAGGUCUGUGAACCAUGCAUCUUGUCAGUUCAUUGCAACAAGAUGCCUAUCUUUUUCAGUGGAAGAUACUUUAAAUACUCCAGAAAUGUAAGUCAAACACGUUGGAUUAUUGAUGAUGAAAGAAUGGGUGAAGCGUCUGUUGAGGAGUUAAUUGGUGGAAAUAUUCUUCCAGCAUGCCUUGGGGAUUCCUACAAGUUCCAUGCUGCUGGCAGAGAAGAUAUUGAUGUACGGAUGUUGGGUUCAGGUAGACCUUUCUUAAUCGAGGUUCAGAAUUCCCGCCAAUGCCCAUCUCAGCAAUCACUGACGGAAAUUGAAGAAAAGAUAAACAACUCAGAGAAAAAGCUUGUCGGAGUUAAAGACCUUAGGUUUAUCGGAAGUCAGUGUUGGGCAAUGAUGCGUGAAGGAGAAGCAGAGAAACAGAAGCAAUAUGCUGCACUUGUAUGGAUUUCUCGUCCACUUGAAGAGGAAGACUUUAACUCAAUAUCUUCGUUGAAAGAAUUGAAAAUCUUGCAGAAAACACCUGUAAGAGUGCUUCACCGACGAAGUCCAUUGGAACGUGAAAGGACUAUACAUUGGAUGAAAGUCGAAAAGAUAAAAGGAAACUCUCACUACUUUCUAUUGCAUCUGUGCACUCAGGCUGGAACAUACAUCAAAGAAUUUGUUCAUGGAGAUCUUGGUCGUACCACUCCCAGCAUGGGAUCAAUUUUAGGGUGCAGAGCGGAGAUAAUACAACUAGAUGUCACCGAUGUGAAAAUGGGAGAUUCUUGA